UCUCCAACUUCCAACCUCCAACCUUUUUGUCUGACUCUUCAUUUCCCCUCUAUCCUGCAUCCUCGUAUCGAUCGAUGGCGCAAAGCAUUGUUCAGCUUCCAUGCGACGGUGAAGGCGCGUGUAUGCGCUGCAAGGCCACCCCGCCUGCUGAGGAGACUCUGAUGUGCGUCACCUGUGUGACGCCGUGGCACGUCGCCUGUCUUGCCGUGCCUCCACCGACACUUGAAUCUACUCUACAAUGGAGCUGCCCUGAUUGCUCCGGUCAACCGCUUCCUUCUGCUGGCACCACGGCUGGGGGAUCUAGUGACCUGGUGGCUGCGAUCAAGGCGAUUGAGGGGGACGAUUCGCUGACUGAGAAGGAAAAGGCAAGGAAACGGCAGGAACUGCUCAGUGGGAAAUCUGAAGGAGAUGCAGGUGGAGCCGGAGAUAAGAAGAAAGGGAAAAAGAAGGCGGAGGAGGAGAAUUCUAUUUUGGAUGUUCUUGGCGAGACCUUGAACUGUUCUUUCUGUAUGCAGUUACCGGAAAGACCUGUUACGACGCCAUGUGGCCACAAUUUCUGCCUGAAAUGCUUCCAGAAAUGGAUUGGACAAGGGAAGAGUACAUGUGCAAAAUGUCGAACUCAAAUUCCAGAAAAGAUGGCUAGACAACCACGAAUUAACUCUGCGCUUGUGUCUGCUAUCCGUAUGGCAAAGAUGGCAAGAAAUAAUGUAGCUGUGGGACCUCUGAAGGUUAACCAUUUUAUACACAACCAAGACCGACCUGAAAAGGCAUUUACAACAGAACGCGCACAGAAAGCUGGAAAGGCUAAUGCUGCUAGUGGGAAGAUAUUUGUCACUACACCACCUGAUCAUUUUGGGCCAAUAACAGCUGAAUAUGACCCUGUGAGAAAUCAGGGUGUUCUGGUUGGCGAAUUUUGGGAAGACAGGAUGGAGUGCCGACAGUGGGGUGUUCACCUUCCUCAUAUUGCAGGCAUUGCAGGGCAGGCAAAAUAUGGUGCUCAAUCAGUGGCACUUUCAGGAGGUUAUGUCGAUGAUGAGGACCAUGGAGAGUGGUUUCUCUAUACUGGAAGUGGAGGUAAAGACCUUAGUGGGAACAAGCGAACAAACAAGAAACACUCAUUUGAUCAGAAGUUUGAAAUGAUGAAUGAGUCUUUGCGAAUAAGUUGCCUAAAGGGUUACCCUGUUCGUGUUGUAAGGUCCCACAAAGAGAAGCGUUCUGCAUAUGCGCCUGUAGAAAAAGGAGUGCGAUAUGAUGGGAUUUACCGUAUUGAAAAAUGUUGGCGAAAAGCUGGAAAACAAGGUUUUAAAGUUUGCCGAUAUUUGUUUGUGAGAUGUGAUAAUGAGCCUGCCCCAUGGACAAGUGAUGAAAAUGGGGAUCGACCUAGGCUGCUGCCUCUUAUUCCAGAGCUUAAGGCAGCAACUGAUGUAACAGAGAGGAAGGAGAAAAAAUUUGCUGGUAAGACUCUUGUUAUAGAGAGGAACAGAGGUGGGCGGACACUUCGAUCAAAGAAGAAUGUAUUGAACUGCCCUUCAUGCCCAACUGAUAUAUCUGAUUUUCUGCAAAAUCUUCAGGUGAACAGAGAAUUGAUGGAUGUGAUUGAGUCUCUAAAAAGUGAGAGUGAGAAACAGGAACCUGCUGAAGGAUCAUCUGACGAAGAGACAGAUGACAUGGAGGACCUUGCUGAUAGUGAUGCAGAAAUUGGGAAUGAAAAUUCUGAAGUAGCUGAUACGAGUGAUGCUAUGGUGAAUCCUGCAGCUGAUUGUGAACCCAAAAGGACUACAAAGGAAGUUAACAAUCUGCAGCCUGGUGUUGUUGAAUGUAAUGCAGCUCCUGUAACGAAACGUACUUCUAAGAGGAAGCAUGCUGAUAAUGGGGAUUAUGAUCUGGAAGUGGUUGUUGGCGAUAAGAGAAGCAGGAAAGGUCAAGAAGCAGCAAAUGAUGCAAAUGAAUCACCGUCAAGCACCCUCCAGGUGCAAUCUUCUGGUGGAGAUCUGGAAUAGCCUGUUCUUCUGAUUGGACCAUCAAGUAGCUUUUUGUUUACAUCUACUGAUCUGCACAGUGAAACUUUAUCAAGGGAUACUGGAUUUAAAAUUCAUAUGCCUUUCUCUCGUAAUGGAGCGGAGGCCCCAUUUGAGUACUUCAGUCUCAAUUGCUGACGAGUUUUGUGAAAACAGAGAAACAGUUAGUUACGAAUGAAAAUGUCGAAUAAAUCUGAGAAAAAGAUCGGUAAUAUCAAUAGGGAGUACGGUCCCUUGCCUUGCUUCGUUUGUCUAUGCCUGCUGGCCCGAUCCUUGUAACAGAAAUCAAAAUCAUUAUGAAAUACCGCAUAUGGCAAGAGCAGGGAGGAGGGAAAAGAAGAUGGAGAAAAUACCAUAUGUACUCUGUUAUCACCCUUUUUUUGUUUGAAUAAUUUUUGUUCAGAUUAAAGAUUCGAGAUAGAGCGGCAACAGCCAGUGGAGCCUAAAUCUAAAGAGUGUAGAAUGAACCAUUUUUUUCUUC